AUGAAAUUGGUGUCUAAAACAGUGAAAACUCAUUUACUUAAAGUCAUAAUUUCCGACAAUUUGUCUGAAUUCAAAUCAUUGUCGCAGUCGUUGUCAUCACUUAAUAAUAUCAUAAGUGAUAAGUCAGGCGACAAUAGUCUUCAUUUGUGUUCAAUAUUUAACUCAAUUAAUAUUAUGGGUUAUCUUUUAUGUGAUGAUUGUGUCCAUCAAAUAGAUGUCAAUCUCAAGAAUAGAGAAGAAAAAAGUGCACUUCAUUUGAGCUCACAAUACAAACACCUGAAGUGUGUUGAGAUGUUACUGAAGAACAGACAGACAAUCGUUGAUGUACUCAAUAGAUCCGAUUGGACACCAAUGAUGUUGGCCUUAACUAAAGUCAAUAACUUAGAUGUGGUUAAGUUGUUGGUUGCAAACGGUUCUAAUGUUAAUCUUGAAAACAAAGACGGCUGGACCUGCUUUCAUAUCGCCGUUAGAAGCGGUGAUUUACCACAAAUACAAUACCUAUUAUCCUGUGAUAGCAGUGUUUGGCGAACCCGAAGCAAAACCAAGAGAACACCACUGCAUACGGCUGUUCUCAAUGGAUACCAUUCUUUGGUUGAAUUUUUGUUAGACAACUGUAACUUUGAUGGCGACGAAAGUGAUUCUUGUGGUUUCACACCUUUUAUGGAAGCACUCAGAUGUGAUAAUUUAGAUAUUUGUCGACAUUUGCAACAAAAACGAAAUAUCAAUCCUUUCUUAACAGACAUUUUAGGUAGAAAUGGUCUACACUUGAGUUGUGAAUGUAAUGCCUUGAAUGCAAUCAGAUAUUUAAUUACUGAAUUGAAUUUUGAUGUCAAUUGUGUUACAAUUAAUACAAAUUUAACUCCACUUCAUAUGGCUGUCAAAGAGGGACACAUUGAGACUAUUGAACUCCUCAAAGAGUUUGGCGCUGAUCUUCAAAUCAAAGACAACAAACAGAGAAAACCUUUGGAUUUAGCAAUUGAUCUUAAAAGAGAUAAUUGUCUUAAAUUAUUACAGUUAUAA